AUGAGGGAUAACUUCACUUUAAACAAGUAGAAUGACUUUCAGAGUAACAACUAAAAUGAAAAAAGGAAAGACUUUAUUACAUUUCAAAUUUAGAAGGAAUCCAAGAGAUUGAUUAUGCAAGUAUUAAUCAUUUAAAACAUAGUUAGAAUGGGGAUAUACGCUAAAAAUAAGAUUCAAACGUUUCACUUUUAAAAAAGAAUUUUUAGAAAACAACCAUUGACGAUUAGAAGUCAAAUGAUGUGUUUCUUAAUAGAUUACCAAUUGAUUAAUUUAAGAAUUUGUAAAUUUCUAAAGAAUAAUACACAGGGUAAGUUGGAAACAAUAAAACUACAGAAAUACAAACAGCAAAAUAUUAGUUGAAUAAUCACAUAAGUGAUUAAUUUGCAUAAUAAUAAUAAUCGAUAAAAUCAACAAAUAGACCAACUACCAUUUUAAAUAAUAAUGAGCCAAAAAAAGUAGGAUUUACUUCAGACUGUGUAUUUUGGGAUUCCUCGAAGAAGAAGAAAAACACUGAUAAUUAAGAUUAAUUAAAAAGAAACAAGCUACCCAACAGAGAGGCCAAAAAAUCAUAUUUUUUAGUCGAAUAAGAGUUAGAGAGAAAAAAAUUAGAUUCUUUAGAUAAUAAAUAUUUACAGGAACAAGGAUAAAAAUAAGUAGAUGAAUUGUUAAACGAGNCUAACUCCUUUUCUGUUUUGUAAAUCAUAAAUAAUUUGUUUUUUUUAAGAUUAUUCUUAAUAGUAAGUUUAUUCCACUUCAAUACUUUAAUAAAUUUGUAGUUGAUAUUCCUUAUUUAAAUAUCCAAUUAUUCUUGA